AUGAAAUUGAACAACAUCGCUAGAUAUGCAAUCAGUGGUACCAUUGCCGUCAACAGUGCCUCAGCUGCCCAGAUAACAAACAGCUUGACCCAAAGCGCACAGGAGCUGUUCGACUGGUCUAUGUAUGUCAACGAUAAGCGCUGGGAUGAUUCAUACAAGUACAUCUGGUAUUCGGACAAGGGCCCGUGGUCAACUCGAUUCACAGCAUGGUAUACCGCCGGUCUACUUUACCGGAACAAGGGCCAUGAUCUGAAUAACGCCAAGGCAGCAAUUGAGAAUAUCAUUUCAUGCCAAAUGACUGAGAGUUAUGAGUCGGCUUGGUAUGGUACAUUUAAGCUUUCACCUGACGAGCCCUAUCCCACUCCUGAUUCGGACCUGUAUCCACCAAAGAUAUAUACCACCUAUGACCCAAAUUGGAGAGAAUUUAUCGGGACACAGCUCGUGCAAAUUGUGGAGGAGUUUUCCGAUCUACUCGGGGAGAGUCUCGUAUCGCGCAUCGAGGACAGCUUGGAGAUUGCAGCUGUUGGCUCUAUGCGCCGUAAUGGGUCUUACCCGGAAGGAGACAACCUAACGCCAGCGUACUCUAAUCCAGCUAUAAUGCGCGCGUGGUAUGUUUCUUGGAUUGGCCAGCGCCGCAGAAACCAGACAUUUAUCGACUACGCCAAUGAACAGGGCAAAUCUAUCCUGGAGCUAUUUAAAUCGACAGGUUCAAAUGUACUGUCUGAAUACAACGCACCAACCUACUACGGAAUGGAUACCUGGGCACUCGCGGGUGCCAUCAAAUACGGGCCCAAGGAUGCCGCCAUGACCAAGAAUGCCAAAAUCAUUUUGACAGAUCUAUGGGCGGAUAUAGCCGCUCAUUACAACCCUUAUCUUGUCAAUAUGGUGGGACCGUAUGAUCGGGCCUACACACGCGAUAUAGUCUCCAACUCAGCUGUUAUCAACUACUUCUGGUGGGGUCUGUACGGCUAUGGCGGGCCUCAGUCCAAUAAAUUAGAGUCGGACCUGUUGUACGAUGUCACACAGGGUGCAGCAUUGGCGCUUGUCAUGGAUGUAGUCGCGGAAAGCAUCUCGAAAAAGGAUUCUACGUGGCUCGCAUCUCAGAAUUACUGGGAUGGGGAGCGGAUGAUCACUAAAAAGGUUCCCGAUGCCCUCGGUGCCGACGCUGGGGUCCGAGUUGUCACUUCGUGGAUUAGCGCCCCCCUCAUGAUCGGUGCUCAGCAAGUCUCUGAAACUGUUAAUCGCGGUGAGCAAUUCGUCCCGGCUAUCGUGCAGUGGGCUGGUGACAAAGACCAUACACCCCAUCCGUAUAUGGCCUUGUUCUCUCUUUAUCCGACAGCGUCGACUAUUCAUGCCGUUGCAGGGCCUAACAGCCUGGAGAUCUCGUAUCCGAACACCACUCAAGAUGGAACUGAUAUAUUCACGUUCGCGCUUGCGCAACUGCCGCCAAGUUGGACUCUUGUCAAGAAGAAGGUUGUCGGGGGUCUUGAAGACCUUCCUUGCCUCGAUGUCACCGUCAGCGCAGAAGGCUUGGAGCAGCUACCAGUCGUUUAUGGUGCCAACGUUGAGGAUAAUCGUGUUUACAACAUCUCCUAUGUUGUCCCUCCUACCUUCGCAGGUGUGCCCAAGAUCUCAUUGAAAUUCAAGUACACUUGUUAA